UGGUGGGGGGAAGGGAGACUGAUGAGUGUGGGGUCCUGAGGGAUGCUAGCGCCACCUCCUCAGGCCUUGGGGAGCAGAGAUCCAUUGAUCCUUCAGUCAAUCAGUCAACCAGUGUUUUAUUAGGCACCUGCUGUGUGCCAGGUUUCCCUGGAGGGACUUUGCAGCCUACGGAGGGGGCAGGGCAUGAGGGGAAAUGGGGCUGGGAAGGAGAAGGCUGGAAUCCUGCCACACCCUCUGCCAAUUCCUGUAUAGCCCCGCCCCCACCUAAACCCCGCCUAAACCGAAGAGCCAAGGCGAAAGACUCCAUUUCCCAGAAUGCCUGUGUCAUGAUUCAUGUAAACCGUGGCCCUCCGUCAUGGAAGACUAUUUCCCAGAAUACCUGGGUUCUGAGAUGAUACCAGCCUUGGCCGUCUCAGGUACUCUUAGCCUGCGGCUGUGUUUCUGGUACCUUUGCCUGCUGAGAGGGGGAGGGGAGGAAGCGCACACAGAGGAAGUCUCCCCGCCUCAGGCUGCCACCCCCUGAAGGACUACAGGGUGGCCCCAGCAGAGAGCCCACAGCCAGAGGAAUGGCCCCCGGGACCCCGAGGCCCCCCUCCCAGGGGUCAAUAACAUUCAAGGAUGUGGCUGUGGACUUCACCCAGGAAGAGUGGUGCCUAUUGGACCAUUCUCAGAAAGCCCUGCACCUAGAGGUCAUGCUGGAGAAUGUGCAGAAUCUACUCUUUGUGGGACUUCCAGUUCCUAGAGAAAAUUUUAUCUCCUGUUUUCAGCAAGGGAAAUCAUCACAGCUGCCAGAGCAAAAAGACCUAAGGUACCCCUGCCUAGAGGAAGAGACUAAUUUUGAAAUGAAGGAGUUUUAUGCAAAGGUGAGCCUUUUUCUGGAAGGUUAUGGCCCCCAACACUGCAGGAGUGAGGAUCCUUAUGGAUUCAUUUUGAGAGAAAUCUGUGACUCUACUAUCAAGGUAAAUCAAAAUCCGAAGAGUGACAGUGAGUUUGAUGGAACUGCAGAGAAAUUCAGCCAAUAUUCAGUCCUAACUCAGUAUAUGAAAUUGACCUCAGGAAAUGACUACUGUCAGGAUAGUAAAUUUAGGAAAUGCUUUCUUGAAGAAAUAGGACUUGUUCAGUCACCUGAGAAACCUGAAAUGCCCAUGGAUCAAGGUAACCUAGGAGGAAUGACCUUUGGCUGGAAUUCAGACCUCAUUAGACAUCCAAGAAAUGAAUAUGUCAAGAAAGGUGGUAGACCUAUCAGUCAGAAAUCUGAGCUUACUGCACAUCAGAGAAUCCACACUAUAGAGAAUUAUUAUGAAUGUAAACAGUGUGGAAAGGCUUUUACUAAGCAGAGCUAUCUUGCUAAGCAUCAGAGAAUUCACAGUGGAGAGAAACCUUAUGAAUGUAAACAGUGUGGAAAGGCUUUCACACAGUGGGGAAAUCUUGCUGCACAUCAGAGAAUCCACAGUGGGGAGAAACCUUAUGAAUGUAAACAAUGUGGAAAGGCUUUCACACAGAGGGGCAAUCUUGCCAGACAUCAGACAAUCCACAGUGGAGAGAAACCUUUUGAAUGUAAACUCUGUGGAAAGGCUUUCACAGAGAGUGGCUCUCUUGCUCGACAUGAGAGAAUUCACACUGUAGAGAAACCUUAUGAAUGUAAACAGUGUGGAAAGACUUUCACACAGAGGGGCAAUCUUGCUAUACAUCAAAGCAUCCACACUGGAGUAAAGCCUUAUGAAUGCAAACACUGUGGAAAGGCUUUUAGAGCAAGGAAAUUUCUUGCUAACCAUCAGAGCAUCCACAAUGGAGAGAAACGUUAUAAAUGCAAACUGUGUGAAAAGACUUUCUCUAAGAGGAGCAAUCUUGCUGCACAUCAGAGCAUCCACACUGGAGAGAAACCGUAUAAAUGUAAACAGUGUGGAAAGGCUUUCAGACAAAGGGGCAGUCUUGCUACACAUCAGGGAAUCCACAGUGGAGAGAAACCUUAUCAAUGUAAACACUGUGGAAAGGCUUUUACAAUUAAGAGCAGUCUUGCUGAACAUCAGAGAAUUCACAGUGGAGAGAAACCUUAUGAAUGUAAACAAUGUGGAAAGGCUUUCACACAUAGAUGCUCUCUUGGUAGACAUAAGAGAAUUCACACUGUUGAGAAACCAUAUGAAUGUAAACACUGUGGAAAGGCUUUUAGAGAGAGGAAAUUUCUUGCUAAUCAUCAGAGUAUCCACACUGGAGAGAAACGUCAUAGAUGCAAACAGUGUGAAAAGACUUUCUCUCAGAGGAGCAAUCUUGCUGCACAUCAGAGCAUCCACACUGGAGAGAAACCUUAUGAAUGUAAACAGUGUGGAAAAGCUUUCAGACAAAGGGGCAGUCUUGCUACACAUCAGGGAAUCCACAGUGGAGAGAAACCUUAUGAAUGUGAACACUGUGGAAAGGCUUUUACAAUUAAGAGCAGUCUUGCUGAACAUCAGAGAAUUCACAGUGGAGAGAAACCUUAUGAAUGUAAACAAUGUGGAAAGGCUUUCACACAUAGGUGUUCUUUUGGUAGACAUCAGAGAAUUCACAGUGGAGAGAAACCUUAUGAAUGUAAACAAUGUGGAAAGGCUUUCACACAUAGGAGCCUCCUUACUGCACAUCAGGGCAUCCACACUGGAGAGAAACAUUAUAGAUGCAAACAGUGUGAAAAGACCUUCUCUCAGAGGAGCAAUCUUGUUGCACAUCAGAGCAUCCACAGUGGAGGGAAACAUUAUGAAUGUAAACACUGUGGAAAGGCUUUUACAAUUAAGAGCAGUCUUGCUGAACAUCAGAGAAUUCACAGUGUAAAGAAACCUUAAGAAUGUUAACAGCAUGGAAAGACUUUCAUAGAGUGGGACCAUCUUGCCAGAAAUCAGAGCAUCCACAAUGGAGAAAAACUUUUAUUGUAUAGAAUAAAAUCUUGCUUUAUUUUCCAUCAUGCAUCAAUUAAUAUCAGUAAUCUUUGAUUGCAACUGCCUACAGAAAAUUAGUGAAAGUUUGGUGCUCUUCAGAAAGGAGAUAGUAAAUUUCUCCCUAUGAAAAUAAAGAAAUUCCCCUCCCCAGCAGCCUUUUAUAUAUACAUGAAUAUUCACCUUCAAUUCCCUCAUUAAUAAUGUGGCCAAAACCUCCCUUUUAAAAAUAAUUAUUAUUGAUUAAGUGGUUAGAUUCUGUUUGUGUGAAGGAAAUCAUGGAGUGGAUUGAAUAAAAUCAAAUUCAACAAAAUUAAUAAAAUAAAGUAAAAUAAUAAAUACAUGAAAUUAAUUGAUUUGGUACACCAAUUCUGUAAUCCAUCAUUUCAAAACUUAUUGCCUUGCAUUGAUUUCAUAUGUAACCUAAACACCAAAGUCCAGUUUUGUUGCCUUUUAAAAUAAACUUAAAGGAAGUAGUGUCUGCAUUUUUUAUUAGAGUAUUGGAAGUAGUUUGUAGUUCUUUAAUUAUUUGAUUUUGUACAAUUCACUGGGGGGGCCUAGGCUCAGUACCACAUACCUGCUGCAAAGGCCAUAACACUAAACUGGCAUCCCACCCCCCAAAGUUGGAGUUUCUUGUCUGCAGCAGCAGCACCCAUAGCAGAAGCCCGAAAAAACUAGGGAAGAAAGACUAGGAGUUUUUCAAAAUUUAGGGAACAAAAACAGUAGCUUCUGACUAGAUAAUCAACUACUACUAUGAAGCAUUGUAUAAAUUACUAAGUGAUUUGGAUGAACCAGGAUUUCCCAAGGAGCACUGGGUGUCAAGAAAGUUGACAAAGGGGCUAUGCGAAGCCUGGACAUUGAAUUCUUUUACCUGGCCCCACUUUGGCUCUUUUAUCUUUAAAUUCUAAAAGAACUGAAAUCAAUUAUUGGCAGCAAGGAUUCUCGAAAACAUUCCAACUCGUGGCUCUGGGCAUAUCACCUUGAUUGUUCAAUUUAGUUGAGAAUUACCAAUAACCUCUCAGUUAAAUCUGAAAAAAAAACUGACACCCAGCUUCUUCCCAGCUCGCCUGCCAUGAAUCUACUCCUUAUCUUGAUCCAGGCCAUCCUGACUCCUUCAGUACCUCCCUCUAACAUGCCUUUCUCAUCUCCCAGCCCACCAUGGAUACCAUCUCACUGACCCCCCUCAUUGGCUAACUUGUCCCCUGCCCAUGCUUGCUCUUGCUGUGCCUUGCUCUACCCACCUCUCUUGUCUUGUCCUGCUUUCCCCUCCCCACUGCCCAGUCUCACCAUGUCCUCCCCUUGCCCGGCUUUCCCCCUUCCCUCUCCCUCUUCCUCCCCUCCCUAUCCCCUCAUCCCUUUGGACCUCUCUCAAUAUGUCUUCUCUACCUUCCCCUACCACACCCUGACAUUUUGGUCUGGCUCUCUCCAAAUAUAGAUUAAAUUUGCUAUGACCCACUAAAAUAAGAAAAAGAGUCUAAACUUCAGCCAAAGAUGCAAUUCUGUUGCAGUCUUUACAAAGCUGUGACAACUGAGAAGUUCAGUUCUUUAAAUCACCAGACAUUGAGAGAUACUUUUGGUCUUUUUUUUCCAGUUUUUUAAAUUUUUUCCAGAUUACAUAUUAGUACAGUUUUUCAGUAACCCUGUUCUUCAAUGAUAAUUACCCAAUGGGAUUGCUUGUCAGCUCCAGAAGGGGUGAAAGAUGAGGUGUGGGAAAGAUUCUGAAUCAGGUAUCCAUGGAAAAAUAUUCUGAAUAAAUUUUUUAAAAUAAUAAAAAUAAUCCUAUUCUCACAUUUUGUGAUCUGUUUUCUUCUUCCAUCAUAGCCUUUUCCCUUCCCCAUGACAGAAGGAAGUAGGAUAAAAGUUGGAUACCUGUAAUAUACUACAUAUUUCCAUGGUCAUCAUGUUGUGGAAAAAACAUUUCUUACAUUGGAGAAAAAUUGGUGGAUAAAGAAAGUAAAGAAUGGCGUGCUUCAAUCUGCAUUCAGACUUUGUUCCUUCCAUAGCAGAGGAUGGCACUUUUCAUUAUGAGUCCCUUGGAAUGAUCCUGGGUCCUGACAUUGCUGAUAAUAGUUAAUUGAUGAAUAGCUCAUCCUCAUACAUUAAUAUUCUUCCUGUGUACAACCUUCUAGUUCUGCUCAUUUUACUUUCCAUCUCUUCAUAUAAGGCUUUCCAGGUUUUUCUGUGAUCAUCUUGUUACUCAUUUCUGACGGCACAAUAGUAUUCCAUUGCAAUCACAUAUCAUAACUUGUUCAGCCAUUCCCCAAUUGAUGGGUUGCCUUCUGUUUCCAUUUCUUUGUUCUCAUGAAAAGAUUUCCUAGAAAUAUUUUUUGACAAAUAUGUCUUUUCCCUGAUCUUUGAUUUCUUUGGGAAUCAGACCUACUAGUAGGUAUUACUGGUUUGAAGGCUAAAUAUGUUUGAAUAGCUCUUUGGGCAAAGUUCUAAAUUGCUCUCCAGAAUGGUGGUAUCAGUUCACAACUCUACAGGGAAUGUAUUAUUGCCAUAAAUUUUCCCCAUCCUCUCCAACAUUUAUCAUUUUCCUUUUCUGUCAUAUUAGCCAGUCUGAUAAGUGUGAGGUGGUACCUCAGAGUCAUUUUGAUUUGCAUUUUCUAAUUAAUACUGAUUGGGGAUGUUUUUCCAUAUGACUAAAGAUAGUUUUAAAUUUCUUUAGCUGAAAAUUGCCUCCACAUAUCUUUUGACCAUUUGUCAAAUGAGAAAUGCUUUGUAUUGUUUAAAAUUGGCUCAUUUCUCUCUAUCUUUGAGAAAUGAAGCCUAUGUCAGGAACACAUAUAUUUUUUUCUCAGCCGUUUCCCUUCUAAUCGUGGUGGCAUUAGUUUUGUUUGUGAAAGGAAAAAAAACCCCUUUUUAAUUUAAUGUAGUCAAAGUUAUUUAUUUUAUAUCAUUAUAUUCUCUAUGUCUUCUUUGGACAUAAAUAUUUCCCCUAUCCAUAGAUCUUAAAGGUAUGCUAUCCUACAUCUCUCUCUCAUUUGUUAAUGGUCUCACCCAUUAUUUCUAAAUCAUAUGAGCAUUUUUACUUUACUUUGGCAUACACUGUAAGGUAUUGGUAGAUGACAAAUUUCUGCCAUGAUGACUUCUAACUUCCCCAGCAAUUUUAGUUAGAUCAUGAAUUCUUUUUCCAAAAGCUUAGGUUCAGGGCUUUAUCAAACCCUAGGUUUCUAUGGUCAUUUACUCCUAUAUCUUGAGUGUCAAAUUUAUUCUAUCGUUCCUCUAUUUCUUAGCCAAUACUAGAUUGUUUUGUCGGUUGCUGUUUUAUAAGCCAAUCAGAGGCCCAGUAUAGUUACCUCAUGGUCCUCAAUUUUUUUUUCAUUAAUUCUCUUAAAAGAUAUUUAUUUUUUCUAGCUCUGUGAAAUAAUUUUUGAGUAGCUUGAUUCGUAUAGCACUAAAUAAGUAAAUUAAUUUAGGUAGAAUUGUCUUUUUUAUUAUAUUAACUCAGCCUAUCCAUGAGCAAUUAAUGCCUAACAAUGAUUGUCAAACUCUUUUAUGUUGUCGCAAUGUGUCAAUGAGCCAAAAGAAUGCAUCUUUCCCUUUCAGCAGAAACCUAAGUGUUCACACUUUUUCAGGGGAUCAUUCAGCAUGAAUACCUUCUUUCAGGAAUACAGCUUCAUCUCUAAUUUUCAUCCACA